AUGACACGCGGAUGGCAUAGUCGUCUCAUUCGGAAAUGCGUGCCGAUCGGAAUCUUGUUUCUGUUCGCUUUUUUGUACUAUGUCAUUGGUUAUGAGUUUUACAUAUCCCGCGUUCUCUUGGCUGAUGAUGCCACAUGGGGUACUUUUUUCCAUGUCGGUUUUCUGCACUGCCUCUUUCUCUACUGUGUGAUAACGCAUUUGCGCCUCUGUUUGGCUUCCUCCUUGCGCCUUCCUGUGUAUCAAUACGUAAAGUCAUGGUCACCCAUCGCGCGCAGGAUGCCUGCACUACGUCUUCAAUUGCCGACCGCUUGUUACACUCCCUUCGAAGAUGAUGCGAUCUCUUCGCUCGUGUAUGCAUGUGAUCCACAGGGCACCCCUGAGCGCUGCUGGCGCGAUCGUUGCCGCGGUCACUGGAAGCCGCCCAAAAUGCGGCACUGUCGGUUGUGCGGUGAGUGUCGCUUCUUUUUUGAUCACCAUUGUCCGUGGUUUAACAACGAUAUCGUCGCUCCCACGACGUUGCUUCCGUUUCUUGUGUUCACAGGUGUCACGCCAGUGCUCGUAUUGCUUGCUUGUAGGCAACUCGUCUAUUGCACUUGGAUCCAUGUCCGAACACUAUGGCAUCUCGGACAUGAAGUACCCAUUUUAAACGACUGGUUUUGGACCAAUCGCUGGACGUGGGUUUUGGGUCCCGUUUGCCACCCACUCGUUGGACUUUUUCUUGCAUCCUUUCACGUCGAGGCGUCACCGUAUGGUAAUGGUGACAUAUUCUCGACCUCAGAUCCACGCCCGACAUUUCGACUUCCUCUCGCCUUGUUGCUUGCAUGCAUUCUAUCAAUAAUUACAGCGAGCCUGUGCUUAUCAACUAUGAGACAAUUAUGGUAUGGAAAUUUCACAGUCGACACAGAGCGAGCGCGUUCUUUGGCCAAACUCCAAAAGAGGGUCGGCUUAUCACCCGAGCUCCAGCUUAAGAAACGAUCACUCGAACCACCGGAAUAUUUUUGGGUGCCUCAAAAGCAAUCUGUCGUUCAUGUAUCACCUGAUUUGUCCACCCACAUGUAUAACGACGACAGAAGUUGGAUGUCUAACAUCCGGCGUUAUCUCGGUCUUUCCUCCUCUAAUCCAUUUGAAUUCUCGCCAAAAUUUCUGCAUCUUUUAUUGAAAUAA